ACACAGGUAAGCACUCCCCCACUGCUCACUCCGCCCUCUUCCCUAAUGAGUUUCCUGCUUUUGUGGGACAGACCUAGAAGAGCUGUAAAAGUGCAGAAGGUACGUGAUUGUCGAGAAAUUGCUUUGCAUUCAGAACAUGGACAACUGAAGUUCUAGUUUCAUGCAACAGGAUCUUCUCAUCAUUUGGUAGCUUCCCAUAUUUACGAGGUACCGUCUUCGAGUUUCAAAAGAAAUCUUUGUUGUCACCCGACAAGAAAACUCGGAACAAGGAAGGGGAAUUUUUUACUGAUGUCCUAUCAUCAAGUCAGAAGGGGAAGGAGCAGGGACAAAAGAGCGUGAACAUGUUUCCUGGUGAUGAAGAGAGGAAUUAAAACAUGAGUGUUGCUACCUACCGAGACCUCAUUCUGAUGCCUCUCCCCCUACCUGCUCAUCUGUUCUUAACUGUCUGCUACCACUAUCUGUACCACCAUGUGGUUAGAAACACACUGGAGGAACAUCCGCCAAGCCUUGUUGCUUCUUUUCACUGCUGGUCUUCUCACUGGGGUCACCCUGCUGGCCAUUUCAUCUAACACCAAUCCAGUAGGUUAUUUCUUCCUAGGGGUAGGGGGAGUGUGCCUGGUUGGCUAUUUGCUGAGUGUGUUUGUCGAGUGCUACCUGAAGAAUCAGCAUCAACGUGAUGCAGAUGAGACACCUCCAAAUAGACAAAACCAAGCAGGGGUGAAUGCUGCCUAUGAAGCACCCACCUAUGAGGAGGUGAUGACUAUGUCAGUUCCAGCAAUAUGGACGAUUACAUCCAACACAGGCAUAGUGUCCUCACCACUGAAUGAGCCUCCUCCAUACAGUGUUGUUACUGGAUCAUCUGCCCCAGAAGACACUAUGAUUGAAGCUCUCAGCAUGUCUGUGGUAUCAGAAACAAGGCACACCUCUGAGACUGACACAAGCUCCAGGAUGCAGUUGCAGCUGGUACUGCCACCGAGACUGCAGCGCUUUGUUUCAGACAUUCAUGAAGUGAAAGGUGCUGCAGACAGGCUUGAGCCAGUGGAGCCACUCACUCCACCACCUACUUAUGAGAGUGUCAUCAACGAUGAGGUCUUUGAAGAUGCUUUCCAGCCCUCUGUAUCAUGACUAAUGUCACCUUCCAUGAAAACACAACCAAACCCUCAGCCCUACACAGGUUGCUCCUGGAGGGAAGGUGAAAGAGCUGAGAUUUUUCAUGCCUGAAACUGUACAAGUUUAUCUCACUGUUCCUUGAACCAGAGCAGAAUCUCAGAUGCAGCUUCUGAUCUCACUAGAGUCUUUGCACAAAAUAAAAAUCAAUGCAAUACCACAAUGCUUUUUCUUGGAAGAUAGGUAAAACCACCAUAAGGAACAUUUUGUUAUAUAUGACAACAAUUCUCAAGCUGGAGAUACACCUUUACAGAGGAGAGUGAAUAAUUACAAGAGACAAGGUUGCCAAAGGACUUCUGAAGGACUUAAGAUGCAGCCAGGAGAAGCUGCCUCAGGGAAGGGAGGAGUAGAAACAGCACUAGGUAGGUCCCACCUGUAUAUUACAAACAGCAGUACUGCUGAGACAGUCACCCAUCAGCCACCCUAAAAUCCCUACCAGGAGACUGAAGCUGCAGGUUCCUGUUUUGCAGCAAACUGAGCGUAUGGUCUGUGCUGUUUGCUGAUAACCCUCUACUGUACUCACUCCAUGUCCUCAGUGUAGCACAACUGAGCUACAAUGUGACCGAGGGGACAGUGGCUGCCUUCACCUGGAAACCAGCAACAUCUAAUACCUCUCACUUGGGGUUGAACAACUGGCCACAAGCACCACGCCAUGAAAUAACUUAUGGAUCAUGAGGUUCUCAUCCCCCACUGCUUGCAGUGGUGGACAAGAGAGAAAUAAAAGCCUUCUUUCUUCCUUCUGCAAGAGAGGCCAGCAGUGGGAUAAAGACAAUAUAGAUACUCCCCUGCUGACCACCAGUCCCUGCAGCUCUACAGGAGGGUGCAUUUCUCUGCUGUCACCACCCAAACAGAUGGCCUGACAGCAUGGCAAGCAAUUGCACAGAAGGGUCAAUGCUCCUGUAUUUAUCUGUACCACCGUGCACAGAGACUUGUCUCUGGACAGUCUGUAUGCUGAGCCCACAGCUGCAGUGCACUCAGCAGUACUGAAGAAGGUGGUCUUCAUUGUGGACAGAUAUACACUGGAGCCUGUUUCUAGUUCUCACUGAAUGGUGCUGCUGUGCUGUUAAAAUGGGUGAAUUAAACCAAUGGUCUCUACAGCAUCGAUAUGGUCUGUGGUAUGCAGGAAAGACAUUCAUAUCCGCUGAAUGUC